AUGUCUCCUGCCGUGUGGGACUAUAUAUUCCUAGGCAAAGGCGAUCCGGCAAAGUUGGCCGCCGAGACCUACACAACUGCAACUGUGGACUCUCUGCGUAGACUGCGUCGCGAAUUCCUCUACUGGUAUCCCGUUGACCUACAUGUUAGCGGGAAGGAUCUUCUCUCCAACCACCUUACGUACUAUCUCUACAAUCACGUAGCAAUGUGGCCGAAGGAGCCAAAGAUGUGGCCUGUUGGUGUCCGAGCAAAUGGUCUGCUUCUUCUCAAUUCCGAAAAGGUAAGGGACGCCGUCCGAUUUUGGCUUGGCAUUUCUGUUUUAUAA